AUGAAGCCGGAAAGGUCUCGGAGCCAAAACCAGAAGACAGAGUGCGUACGACCGUUUAAUCUGCUGGAACAAACUGUAUACAGACGAGAGCAGUUGGAAAAGAUCACAUUUGCCUAUCACAACUUGUACCGUCUUCAUCCGUCGUAUACCAAAAUGGUCUCCGAGGCUUUUAGAACGGGAAAUCCGCUGCUCCUCUGGAAUUUUGAGAACGAUUGCUUGUUGAAUUCACAUGAAUUAGAUGACCUUAUGAAGAAAGAAUGCAGAAGCCACGACGACAAUUCACAUUCUAAUCCUGGCAUGGAACAGAAUGGAAAGAACAAUAAUUUGGUCAGCACGUUGGACAAAUCAUACAAGCCUUUGCCGCUUCCAAGCAUCGCUUCAACGUUCAUGAGAACCGGACCACCUGUCGAACUACUACAACAAGCUGUUCGAAACCCACUACAGGAUCAGACCACUGUACAAAUGCCUAAUAAUCAAAACUGUAAUCAACAAAUUCAACAAGCACCUACUCAACAGUAUUACCAAGGAAUACAAUACAUGUCGGAUCCGCAUUUCAAUCCAGGAACUGCCAACCAAUAUUAUCAAUAUUUUCCAACUGGUAUGCCACAAAAUCACACCCAACAAGGAGUGAAUCCGCAAUUUUGGUCAACGGCACCUCCUCCUCCAGCCAAUUAUAGUCUACCUCCACCGAACAUGAUUCCUCCUUCUAUGCCAAUUAUAGCGCAGCAGUUCCCACCACAGCAGAAUCAAAAUAUGAUCAUGCCGACUACUGGAAACUAUUGCACCGUUCCACAAAUACCACCGCCAGUGUAUACGAUAAUACCACCACAUCAGAACUAUGCACAACAAGCUCCAGUGAAUACAGUAGCUCCACCGAUGGUACCGCCGCAACUUCCAUCACAAAAUUAUCAGCCAACUGGGUAUAUGGCUCCAGCUUCAUACGUCCAACAAACUACAUCUGCUCCACCACCCUCUCAUCCACCGAUUGCCGAUCAGCCUAUAGAUCCUAGCCAUCCAGAUAUUGUCUACGACAGUAAUGGAUUUGCUUUUCAACGGAUGGUAGUUAAAACUACGUGCCUUGUUCCGAUUCAUAUGGUUUCACAGUUCAAGUCACACCAGAGUGAAUCUGUCGCAAGUGAUUUGGCGGAGUGCAAUGAUGACGAGCUGCAAGAUUUGGAGUCGGAGUUUGAAGACGAAGAUGGUAGUCAAGAGAGGCCCGACGACGCGGACACUGGAAUCGAAGACUGUGGCACUUUAACACCAGCUGGAUCGCGAGAAGCGGGAAUCGGGUCUGUGGAAGAGCUGGAUACUUCCUUUUUGGAUGACACUGAAACCACGCUCACGGAAGGUACCGAUGCUGACAACUUGGAAUCAACUAUCGUAGAGCUGGAACACGUAUCAGAGACUCCUAUUCCUACACCAAUGUCACAGAAAAUUCCUGAAGUUGAAAGUCAUGUUGAGAAACCAUCGGUUGAGCAAAGCUCUCAUGAGGAUCAUCGGCAAAACUCUCAGGAAGGUAUUAGGCCCGAGACUCCAAUAGCCGACCUCAUGAAACUCACUGACAAUGCGCAGCCGGCUGAAAAUCCAUGGAAAGUAGUAACAUCAAAGAAAUCCGCCAAACAAAAGUUGACAAAGAAACAAAAACGCAUGCGAGAAGCUGAAAAAGUCAAACUAUUAGAGACAGAUGAUGCUAUUCUUGAAGCAGCUCUAAAUGCUAACAAGGAGUUGUUGGCGAAAAAAGCGGUUUCUGAAGCAGCUACGGUUCCGAAUAAAAGUAAUAAAACGAAUAAAAAGAAACCUCAGAAAGUGAUUGUAGAGAAUGUGAUGGUAUCGGCUCCUAAACCACCACUGAUUGCUCCACAGCUUAUGCAUCGUAUCCGGACAGCGAUUUCAGUUCGCGCCAAAAUAUUAGAACGUGACGGAUUUCCAACUACGCAUGCUCAUGAAUUUCGCCAACUCCCACCUGCCGUCGGAUUCUCACGUAUCACAAUUUAUGAAAAUUUGUACGUAGAUCUUCCGAAUGCUCUGAAAACUGAGUUACGAUUUUUGAUGAACAUUCCUGCCGACUCCCAUAAUGAUCUUGAACAAUUAGAAGAUGUUUUCAUUAACUUGUUUUAG